AGCAUGUCUCUGGAUCCCAGAGGAGGUCUCUCCCUAGCCUGACUGGCAUAGUCGAUCAGAGAUGCCCAGCACAGAUCCAACCCUGCCCCGGAUCUGCGGUGCGGGAGAAGGGCAGGCGUUUGCCUCUGCUCUGCAGCAGCUCUACACUGCAGUGACACAGCAGGAGGCCAAGCAGGCUCGGAAACGGCAUUGCUCUGAGGACAGCGUGGAUACAGCACCCAUUGCAGAAACCACGGAGCACCCCCAUCCACCUGCUCCAUCCCAGGAAGAUGAAACGACAUCUUCCAGCGAGAGAACCUCGCCUCCUCCCCAUCUCAGAAGCCCCAGCUGCCUGCAGCCAAGGCCAAGCCAAAGAAGGCAAAAGGGCUCUUCAGCUGAAAGAUUGCUGAAGGCUCUGCUUCCCCCAGCAUCCAAGAGAUGGAGUGCAGAGCAGCCAUGCAUCGUCUGCCUCUUCUCUGCAUCUCCUGGUGGACCCUACCCAGGUCACGGUCCCCUCCCAAGAUGUCUUCAGUUGGGCAGAUGGAACUCCUUUCUUCAACAGUGUUUCAGGAAACAGCUUUUCUAACUCUUCCCUGGUCCAGAGCUCGCCCAGGCUUCAUCUCAUGGCAGAGCCAGUGCAAGACAUGGGAGAAGUGGGAGGGAUGCUGCCAGUGGGUGUGGGACAGCUGGGGCUCUGGCAGAGCCAAACUGUGGGGUUUGGCUGCUCUUGAGUGGGUUUUCAAUAAAGGGCUGUGUCAGGGUGAGA